GAAGGAAACAGACUUCAGUCUUCUCCUUUUGAAUCAAUACGAUUGGAGAAUCAAAUCGAAAUGAAGAUUUUUCUUAGUAUUUUGGCACUUCUUGUUGUCUCAGCUUGUGCUGGUCAACUCAAACCCAAACCUUUAGAGUUCGAGGAAAAUAAACGAUAUGUAUAUGAAUACAUUGGAAGCGUUGUUACCGGAAUCCCAUCCAGUUCAAGUCUUUACUCUGGAACUCGAUUGCAGGCUAAUGUUGAGAUUUCCCACAUUGUUAGUGAAAAUGGUGUUCAUUUGAACGCAAUGCGUUUGGCCAACAUUAGUUUUACUCAAGUCCUUGAUGAAAUAACUAACCCAGAUGAUGUACAUUUUGGCGAUUUGGAUAAAGAAAAUUCCGAGAAGAAAGAACUUUUGGAAUUAACUGUUCAAUAUCACGUCAAUGAUGUAACCAAACAUUUUGAAUGGGUCGAAGUUGAUAAAAUGGACGAACCAUGGUCACUCAACAUUAAGAAAGCCAUCAUCGAGAUGUUUUUGGUCGACAUUGCUGGUAAACAGUUGAAAAUGAAUCAUAAUCAUGAACAUGAUUUAACUAAACAUUCACGAGAUGAGGUUCAUCAAUCUUUCGAUGUCUACGAACCAACAUUAAAGGGUGAAUGUGAAACCAUGUAUCAAGUCAUCAAUGCCUUACCUGAAACUGUCUCUGGUUUACCUGGAAGUGAACAAUUCUACUGGAAAGUCAUCAAGACACGAAACUACCAAAACUGUAACAACGCAUCUGAAUUGACUCGCCAUAACUGGGCACGAAAUUGUGCUGCACACUGCAAAAAAGCACCAAUUUUGGAUAAAUUCAAAAUCAACAACUAUUAUGCAGGUGAAAAAUCUGAAUGCUCUUGUGACACUCAAGAUCCUCUUGACCAACAGUCAACCAGCACUUACUCCAUUGAAUGCAUGGAAAAUCCCUACAUUUUGAAUGCUGAAAGUAACAGUAAAGUUAUCUUCGACAAUCAUGGCACUCGAUUCAUUUCCUACACCAACCAGACUCUUAGAUUCGUCAGAAUCUCAGGUGCGCCAUUGGAUCUUAUCAAUGAAAACAAUGCUAUUCGAGUUUCAAACCUAGCCUUCAAUCUUUACCCUUAUGCUGGUUCAUUUGCUAGCGUAUAUACUCAUGAGAUUCCAAUAUACAACCUUUUGGUUCCAAUGCCUCCACGAAACUAUGUUGCAAGAUUCAGAUUGAGAGAAUUUACUUAUAAUCUUUUAACUCAAGUUGCUGAAACCAUAAUUGGAAAAGCAAAUGACGAAAAAAAUGAAAAUAAAAACCAGCUUAAUGUUGCUCGAAUUAUGACAAGAAUUAUUCAAAAUCUGGCUCAUCUUGAUUUUGGCACAAUCAUGGAUGUCUACAAAGAAAACUGUAUCGUUAAAGAGGAUCAACUUUACACCAACACUUUGAAUUCAGUUCGAAGACAAUUGUUUCUUGACGCUAUUUCUCAUGUUGGAACCCAUGAAGCUGUCAUAUGGCUGGACGAAGUAAUGAAUUUAACUCCGAAUGGAUUAUUCCCAAUUGAAGUACGCCAGAUUGUCGAAACAUUACCCCUCAAUAUUCAUGUCCCACCCACAAGUUUGAUUAACUUAUUACAGAAGAAGAUUUAUUCUUGUAUUGUUCAGCAAGAUUGGGAUUCCCUUUCUGCUUUUGUCGUCGCUUAUGGUAAACUUAUAGCCAAACUGCAUGAUCGAGUACAUUUCAUUGAUGCUAUCGUCGUUCGAAUGAUUAUACAAUAA